UGCUGUACAGCAGAAAUUGACAGAACAUUGUAAAUCAACAAUAAUAAAAUUUUUAAAAAAUAAAUUUAAAAAAUAAAAUUAAAAAUUAAAGAAAGGAUGGAGCACAAGGGUUACAUUAGAAAACAAAUGAGGGUCUGGUAGAGGAGGACUUGGGAUGUUUUAGCAGAUUCACUGUUAUUUGCUGCAUUAUUAAACUCCCAGUGCCUCAGUUUUCUUAUCUGUAAAAUGGGAAUAUCUAUCACAUAAGUUUGAGGAUUGACUGCGAUAACACAUGGGAUGUUUUCCGAAGACGGCCUGUCAUCAUCAAAGUUAUUACUGAUGUUAAAGCCAGAGCUGGGAUACACAGGGUCCUGCUUUUUCGUCCCAGUCUGUUCCCACUUGGACUCACUGCACCUGGAAAGAAGCCUGGAGUUGCAAAAUGGUUUGAAAUCCACUCUGCUGAAGCCAGGCCAUCUCAGACUCUCUGGCAACACUGUGUUCUUUGUAGCAACAACUGGCCGGUGAUGGGUAGCAGUAAAUCUCUACGCAUUUGGUCCAGAACUCUCUUUAUAGCUUUCCAUCUGGCUUUCUUUACCCAUCAAAAUCCCAUGCCUGCCUCCAUGCUGAUAUUUAACUAUCCCUGAACUACACUGUGCUAGGUGGGUCUGCUGGGUGGGUCACCUAUAGGAUCACCCCUAUACACCCCAGGAGAUAAGGAUUGUGUCCGUUUUUUCCAGCUGGGAAAAUUAAAUCAGAGGGGUUCAGUGACUUAUCCGAGGGCACACAGCAGAGAAGAGGGUAGGUCCUCCCUCAACCUCCACCCCCACACUUUUUUAUUUUUUGCCAAGCCCGGGGUAUGCGAAGUUCCAGGGCCAGGGAUCUAACCCACGCCACAGCAAGGACCCAAGCCAGAUCCUUAACCCGCUGUGCCACCACGGGAACCGUCCACCCCUGCACUUUCAAGAGCUUUCGUUUUAGCAGAAAGAGCGCCGGGAUGGAGUCAUACACAGCAGGCUCCCAAUACGUGGUCAUGCACUUGAGGCUCUUUCUCAUUGAGCCUCGCUUUCUCCAUGUGGAAAAUAGGGAUAAUAGUAACUCAGACCGUUUUAAGAACUAAAAAUCACAUGCUUAUACUAUCUAGCACAUGCUAAGCAUAUCGGUAAUUGCUUGUCAUUAUAUAUCAGCCCUUUCCAUUUCUUUUUGAGAGGCGGACGCUGUGGGUUGGCGUUUGAGGUGAAUUUGGUGAUGCUCCAAAUUUCCAUAGGGAGGGAAAACUCGCCGGGUCAACCUGAUAAAAACCAGCCACGGUACCAGACAGGCAUUACGCAUGCGCAUUCGGAAGAGCCAGAGGCACUGGGCCCAGAAUCCUACCGUGGAUGGAGACUCCCGUGAACCGGCAGAAUACCUGGACCGAAAGGAGCUGGACUGUGACAGAGGCUCUGAGAUCCGGGCGAACAACAGGUGCAAACGCCCCACAGUGGAAGAGUUAAGGAUCUAUUUGCAGAAGAGGGGGCUGCGCCGGAAUCCCCCUUUGCCUCCUCACCACCGGGAGCUGACUGACAGCAGCCUCACCUCACCCUCUCUUUGGCAUCUGGAGCCCAAGGACUGAGUCAGGGACAGACCUCACCUCAUGAAGGCAGGAGACGGAGAAGCGGGUCCUGGAGACCCCCCAGACUGUCUGGGGUUCGAUCCAGGUCAGCUGAGGAUACACCCUGAAGAGCCUGAGGUCCCAGAAGAAGAGGCUCCCGGAGGAGCCGAGGAUGCGGCUCCGGUCCUGGUGCAGCUCAUCGAUGAGCACGGGGCGUACUCGACAGCGCGGCUGGUUCCGGACGCGGCAGCGGCGGCGGAGCGCUCCUCGAAGAGGGCGCCAGGCUCCCUCCGCGACAGCUCUGAGAGCCGGGAGGGGCUGCUCAGGAGGUUCAGCUGCGGGGCCUGCGGGAAAGCCUUCAAGCGCGCUUGGGAACUGCUGAGCCACGAGGUGGUGCACACUGCGGCGCGGCCCUUCCGCUGCGGCCUGUGUGCGGCCGCCUUCAAACGCCACUCGGACUGCAAGAGCCACCGCCUGGUGCAUAGCGACGAGCGCCCUCACCGCUGCGACGCCUGCGGCAAGCGUUUCAAGCGAGCCAGCAACCUGCAGGAGCACCGCCGCAUCCACACCGGGGAGCGCCCGUUCUCCUGCGCAUCCUGCCCAAAGCGCUUCAAGACCCCCUACGAGCUACAUCGUCAUGAGCCUCUGCACGCUCCUUCGCGGCCCUUCCCCUGCCCGGACUGCGGCAAGGCCUUCGCAGCUGGGCCCGCCCUGCUUCUGCACCGGCGGCAGCACUGCGAGGACAAGCCCCACGCGUGCGGGGUGUGCGGCAAGCGCUUCACCUACGGCCACAGCCUGCGGGUGCAUGAGCGCGUGCACACGGGCGAUCGGCCCUUCGUCUGCCCGCUGUGCGCCAAGGCCUUCAAGCAGUCCAAUGCGCUGGCCUCUCACCACCGCGUGCACUCGGGCGAGCGGCCCUACCGCUGUGCCACGUGCGGCAAGGCUUUCAAACAGUCGUCCUACCUGUCUAUCCACCGGCGCAUGCACACGGGUGAGCGGCCCUACCCCUGCGACACCUGCGGCAAAGCCUUCGCCAGGCCCUCGCUGCUCCUGCAGCAUCGCCGCGUGCACAGCGCCACACGCCCCCACGCCUGCCGCUUCUGCCCUAAGCUCUUCAAGGACCUGAACUACUGCGCGGUCCACGAGAAGGUGCACACGCGGGACACGCCCUACAAGUGCGGCAUCUGCGGCAAGGGCUUCGCGCAUCCCAGCAACCUGCAGCAGCAUCAGAGGGUGCAUGGGGAUGGGUGAGGGCUGGGUGCUGGGUAGCGGGGAGCCAAGGAGGGCUCCAUGUCCCCAAAGCCGUUAUACAAGCAGUAACCAUGUCCAGGAGAGGCCCUCUUUAGGACAGUGCAGUCCAAUAGCACUUUCUGCAGCGAGAGAAAUAUUUGGGGGAGUUCCCUGGCGGCUCAGCAGGUUAAGGAUCCAGUGUUGCCACCAUUCCGGCUUGGCACCUAUGUGCCGUGACAGAGGUUUGACCCCGGUCCCAGGGAACUUCCACAUGCUUUGGGGUUGCCAAAGAAAGGAAAGUUUGGCAUCAGUGCCCUCCAAUAUCUUAGCAACCAGCCAUGUGGUCUUUUGAGCGUUUGAAUUGUGGCUAGUACCCCUGUGGAAGAGUUGUGUUUGGUUUUUUGUUUUGUUUUUUGUAACUUUUUGGUUUGAAAUAGACUCACAAGAAGUUGCAAAUAUCACACAGACUUUCCCAUGUGCCUUCACACGGCUUCCCCCGUGGAGCCCAUCUUAGAUAACCAUAGGACAUUAUCCAAAACCAGGCAAUCCUGGAGUUCCCUUGAUGGCUCAGCAGUUAACAAACCCGACUAGGAUCCAUGAGGAUGCAGGUUCAAUCCCUGGCCUUGCUCAGUGGCUUCAGGAUCGGGUGUUGCCAUGAACUGUGGCGUAGGUUGCCGAUGCAGCUCAGAUCCCACGUUACUGUGGCUGUGGCCUAGGCGGGCAGCUGCAGCUCCAAUUUGACCCCUAGCCUGGGAACUUCCAUAGGCCGUGUGCGUGGCCCUAAAAAGCAAAAUACAUACAUACAUACAUAACCAGGCAGUCCAUUCUGGAACGACUCUGUUAACGUGGGUACCGAUCUUUAUUCGGCGUUCACCAAAAUUUAAGUGAAUAGUCAAACUCGCCAAAUUUGAACCAACUGCACUUUCAAGAGCCACAGGUGGCCAGUUGCUGCCCUCUUGGCCCACAGGUCAAAGGCAUGGAGGCGUGCCACACACCACGGUCCCGGUAAGCUGCUUCGUGUUCUUGAUAUUCUCAAGAAGGGCUUUGCAGAGGGGCUUUCACAAAACAUUUCUCUUUUUCUUUUUUCCUGCAAAGUCAAGAGGAACACGUAUAAUGGAGUUCCUGUCGUGGCUCAGUGGUUAACGCAUCUGACUAGGAACCAUGAGGUUGCGGGUUUGAUCCCUGGCCUCACUCAGUGGGUUAAGGAUCCGGUGUUGCCGUGAGCUGUGGUGUAGGUUGCAGAUGCGGCUCGGAUCCCGCGUUGCUGUGGCUCUGGUGUAGGCUGGCAGCUACAGCUCGGAUUCGACCCCUAGCCUGGGAACCUCCAUAUGCCACGGGAGUGGCCCAAGAAAUGGCAAAAAUAUCAAAAAUAAGGGGAGGGGACAUGUAUAAAUCUCACCCAGAGCAGAAAGUGCACAUACCCAACCCAGUACACGGGUUAUGUGGUGUAAACUCAGAGCUGCUACCGCGAAUGACCCAUUAGGUGGCCCUGUAGCUGUUACUAAUUUACUCUGCGAAUGAGGGCCUCUGGUCAUGAGAACGUCCCCGUGGUGGCUUGUGGCCUGAGAAACCUCUGGGUCACGCCCCAAGUGCUGGUCCAAGCUGUGGGUGCUUGAAUGUGAGCCCGGCAUGCACCUCUCUGUCUGCAAAGCCAAUGUCUUCCUUCUGGUCAGUUCUCCUCUGGUUGGGAGAGGGGGCAUGUGCUGCCCUCCUCUGUUUGUGCCCUUUGGGAGGCCAUGCAAGGACCAGGAGACCAGCCCCGUCUGCUGGGGGGUCUCCAACCUGCCGCAGUGAGGUUAGUGGGAUUUUGCGUUGGGUUAUUUUCCCGCUCAGCUCUGAGUCUGGAUAUUCACUUCUGGGAAAACAGCCCCCCCCCCCCCAUUUACAGACGAGCCGACUGAGGCUUAUGGAGAUGGGAACCCCCACAGGUAUUUUGAAACGGGUAUGGUUGAGGCAGAAAUGAAAUCGGAUCUUCGGAAACCAGCCUUGUGAUGUCAUGCUGAUAAGUAGAGAUCCUUCCUUUGAGCCUCCAGAAGGUCCUCGACCACGUGGAAACCAUCCACCCUAGAGCCAUCCAGGUCUAGUGAGGACAGAGGUGCUGGGGGUCACGGGGAUUGAGGGUGGGUUGCAUGGGCUCUUGCAUUUAGGGACGAAAGAAGGCGAAGGAAGAGAAUGAGAGGUUGAUUCAAUCACAGCCAAAAUAAUCUUAGCACAGGAAGAUUUUAACACUUCACCCUUUCUGUAUCUUGCUUUUAAGUCUCUAAGUGUAUUUCUUGUUUGGUAACAAUAUGAAUUCAUUUCUUAUAGUUGGAAAACGAUACCUAGAAAACAAUAAAGAUAAUUUCACAGAUAACCUAAGGCAGUCACCAUCUGGUAUUUGGAAUCUCCUUUAUCUCACCAGAAAAAAAAAAAAAAAAAAGAUAACCCAUCACCAAAUAUGGGCACUCACUGCAUCUCAUUCAAUUUUUAUAUACACUGAAUGCUGGCAUGUUGAAUAUAUUUAACAUGUAUUGAAUAUUUGGCCGUACCUACAGCAUAGGGAAGUUUCUGGGCCAGGGACUGAAUCCAAGCCACAGCUGUACCCUACACCACAGCUGCAGCAAUACCAGAUCCUUUAAGCCACCGCCAGAGCUGGGGAUGGAACCCACACCUCCACAGCGACCUGAGCUGCCAGAGUCUGAUUCUUAACCCACUGUAUCACAGCGGGAACCCCUGCAUGUAUAUGAUUAAUCUGGGUCUCUGAAGAUUCCGACCAUUGAAGACAAUUGCCUCCAAUAGUAUCAUGUCUAAUACCUGUCACUCUAUUUGAAGCCUCACUUUUUCACAACUUGAUCCAGGAAGGCUUAUACAACUACUCUCCAAGAACAUUUAAGGCAUUCACAACCAUUCACAAUGGUGGAGUUUUUUCCUUCUUUUUUUGGCCACACCAGUUCCCAGGUUAGGAGUUGAAUCUGAGCCGCAGCUGCGACCUACACCACAACCACAGCAAUGCUGGAUCCUUAACCCAUUUUGCAACACAGGAACUUCUAGGGAUGGUGUUUUUUCAUAUGCUAUGCCUUAAAUAUUUUACCUCCUUGUGUAAUUUCUAGCAUAAUAUAAGUACCUUUGCUGGAAUCGAGCGUAGGAAUGGGACAUCACUUCCAAAAAAAUCAGAAUAUACAUUCUUUCCAAGAGCACAUCCAACAUUCUCAAGGAUUGACCACAUACUGGGGCACAAAAAUAACUUCAACAACUUUAAGAGUGCAGAAAUUCUUUCUGUAUCUUCUCUGACCCUAAUGGCAUGAAACAAGAAAUCAACCACAGGAGAAGAAAUGAGAAAAAACUGACUACAUGGAAUAAACAACAUGCUACUAAAAAACCAAUGGUCAACGAGGAAAUCAAAAUGGAAA